AGGAGGUACGACACGCGGUUAAGCUCACGUGGCUGCUAUUUCUUGAUUGAAGGCAAGAAAGACAAAGAAGUCGUUAAAAAUGCAUUCCAAUGACGACAUUCAACUGGUGGCAAGUAAGCGCCAUAAAGAGACAAGUUUAGAGCAUAAAACUCAGUGAAUUUGUUGCUGGCUAGUAGCUAGAGUUUUACAAGUAGAGAUUAGAUUUGUUGUAAGAACCAAGGCUCAGAUGUUUGCAGUGAUCCUAUCCUGAAUGCAGCUGGUCAUGUGACCGUGUCGUACGUACCUCCUCUGGGUUAAUUAAAAGAUUAACAUUUGCCAACUGCCAACUACCAACUGGAGUAGCACUCAGGGCCACCGUACGAGGCUGAUCUGCAGCUCAGCUAGCGCUAUCGGGAGUACAUGCACCAUGGACCCAAGUCAACAAGACUCUGAGCUACAUGCUCAAAAGAAGCUAGCCAAGGACUUAUCUGAGGCUGUAGUCAACUAUGAUGUCAUUAAAGUGAGAUCUUUGUUGGGAAAGGGGGCGGAUCCUAACCACCAGCUCUACUGGAGUGACGAGUGGGCGGAGCUGCCUCCAUUACACUUUGCUUGUCAGAAGGGCAACCUUGAGAUUGUGAAGAUACUUGCUACCCAUGGAGCUCAUAUUGAUAAAGGUGAUGGGAAGCUGAACAGAGUUCCACUGCACUAUGCAUCCAGGAGGGUUGAGGUGGUGAAAUACCUGAUCCAAGAGCUCAAAUGUAGCACUGAUUUGAGGGAUAAACGCAGCAGGACUCUUCUUCACUUGGCUUGUAUCGAGGGAAGUAGAGACGUGAUACAGUAUCUGGUGGAGGAGCUGAAGAUGGAUGUUGAUGUGAGAGAUGCUGAGGGAAAGUCCCCAAUGGACAGAGCAGUAUUAGGCGUGUAUGACAGCUGUGUGAAUGUUGCCCUCUACCUGAUGAGCCGUGGCUAUGCAUGUAGUGAUGAGGACAAAGCCAAUUUACUGUGUGGAGUAUGUUGGACUGGCAGGCUGGAUAUGGUGGAGGAACUGGUCGAACAUCACAAAGUUGACCCAGAGAAUGCAACUGACCGUGCUGGCUGGACUCCUCUUAGAAGAGCUAAAGAGAGUGGUCACUUUGUAAUCGUUGACUACUUCAAGUCUCUAUCACAACAAUCUUCUGUCAGUAACUGGAGGCAGGAGAAUGGACCACCACCAACAAAGAAACGAAAAGCUGCCCAGAAAGUGUGUCCUAGCUGUGAGGAGAGCUGUCACAUCCGCUACAAGAAGUGUCCCGAAUGUGAGCACAAGUUCACUCACUCAAGAACAUAAUGAUAGAAUCGAAAAUAUUGUAACUAAUUAGUGGUACUGGUUUACCGAAUUACAUGUACAUGCUUGUAUAUAUAUAGUGGAUUAUUUUCGUAUGGUGGAAAUUU